UAUUGUUUCUCCGGGAACAACAAAUACACAAACAGUUGAAGUAUUUGUUAAAUCAUUUCAUUUAGUAAUGAUUCAUUCAAUUUUAUUUCUCAGUUUUAUCAGCAGGGAGAUUAAAAAUAAUAUUUACUGAUGAGAUUUAAAUGUUUCCUGUCAAAGUUCAUCUCUCCCGAAGAUAGGGCAAGAAAUCCUUCACGACGGUAGUGGAGAUUUCGUGCCCCAUCGCUGAUCUAUCCCCUCCUUUUUAAAUGAACACAUUGUGAUUCGUGUUAUUACCAGUUAUUAGGCUCAAUUACGUUUCGAAAACUGAACAAAAGAAUCACACGUAAAAAAUCGAUCAACGAGAAAACGUUAGUGUUUCUCAAACAGUCGUGAAUUCUCGGUAGAAACGCCAGAUCCGACAACAGAUAAAGUGGACGUAACGGCCGUAACGCGCGCGCGGUAUCAUUAUCAGAAAUUGUGUGUUUAAUGACGCUCCGUAAUCCGCACACACACAUGAUCAAGCGAAGAAACAGUUGAAACACAGUUUCUGGAUAGAGAAAAGAUCAUGAAACUUUAGCCUUGAAGUCACUUUCAUUACGAAUCAAGUCGAUCCUUUAGAGUUGCGUUUUGGAAUUGACACCGAUAGCCUGCACAUGGCAUCGAGUCGCUCGUAAUGGAGAUGUUCCCGUGUUCGACGAUCGGUUAACAAUUCGAGAUCAUUGAAAAUUUCUGAUUCAUGUCGAAAAUCUUCGAUCAAGCAUGGCUAUGCAGUUACGUUGACCAAAUCUGGAUGGCCGAUCCCUUCGAAAGGACUGACGUUAUUAAAUUACAACAUGAGUACGCUAUCGAGGGACUGUAAAUUGGAAGCAACUGGACCAGCUAUAAUGCAGAGCCUGGAUAGUAUGCGUAUUUGUGAUAUGGAUGAUUCCAACCAAGAUAUUGUCUCCUUAGAUGGGAACUCCGAAAAUAGAAUACAUGUGGAAUGUCAGUGCAACAAGUUUGGAAGUUUUUUAUUGAUAGAUGGGCAGGAGCAUCUUAAAGUUUCAAGUGCUGAACAGUUUGUGCAAAAAUUGAAUUAUAAAAAUAGAAAUCUCAAAGUAAAAGUAGUAUCAAUUUUUGGAAUCACUGGAGACGGAAAGAGUCAUACUUUGAAUAAGACGUUUUUCGAAGGACGGCAAGUGUUUAAGACAUCGAAUGAUCAAAAUUCGUGUACAUUAGGUGUUUGGGCUGCCCUUGACCCUGUUCUUAAUGUGAUAUGUCUGGAUACAGAAGGCUUAUUAGGUGUUACCUCACAUAAAAAUGAACGAAUACGAUUGUUGCUCAAAGUUCUCGCUGUAUCUGAUGUUGUUAUAUACAGGACGCAAUCCGAAAAAUUAAAUACAGAUUUAUUUACAUUUCUCGGCACUGCUUCGAGAGCAUACAGCCAUCAUUUUCAAGCUGCCCUGCAAGCAGUGGGACAUCGAGAAGGAGUUCAAGGAUCCUUGAGUUCUCUGGGACCAAGUGUUAUAGUAUUACAUGAGACUAGAUACACCAUACCUCUGACCAACAAUAGUCUAGAAAACGUGGAAGACGUGCUCAGAGCACGGUUUGUUCAACUGAAACUCGAAACGGAAGCAUUUAGUUCUAUAAAAUACGUCGGCAUACACACGAAAAAUUCUGCGACUAACUACGAACGUCUACGGACCGCUGUUAAAAGAGAAUUGUAUAAUAAUAAUAUACGAUCUCCUAGGAAGCCGCACGUAGUAUACAACACGUUGAAAGUUCUAAACGAGACGUUUAUUGGAGAGCUAGAUAAUGCCUCUAAUGUAUUGUUUCCUGAUCAAUACUUCACCUGUCCUGCAAAGUGUCUCAGCUGUGGAUCUAGGUGCUGCAACAGCAUGGGGCAUCUAGAGGGUAAACCACAUAGUAGCAAUAGCAAAUGCCGAUAUCAGAAUCAGUAUGAUAAUGUAACGUAUAUAUGUAAAAAAUGUUAUAAUGACGGAAAUGAAGUACAAAUGAGACGCGUUCAAAAUCAGAAUGAUAAUAGUUGGUAUGGUUUAGUUAAGUAUGCGUGGUCAGGAGAUGUGAUUGAGUGUCCACAUUGCGGAGAGAUGAGUCGUCAGUAUUGGUACAGUAACAAAGAUCCAGAAGAUUUUGCUGUUCGCACAGAGAUCACGCACGUAUGGAGUACGGCAAAUAAUGCUGCAACGCAGCACAAUACAGCGCAAAGGGUAGUCGAUAGUGUAUCGUAUAUUACCGAGGCUGUGACCAAUGUUUCUUUGCAACCAACGAAAGUAGUUUCAGCGUGGGUCGCGGAUAAGGUCGCCCCGUCUUAUUGGAGACCGAAUAAUGAAAUAAAGCACUGUCACAAAUGUAGAACGCCAUUCGGGUUGACCGACACGAAACACCACUGCCGAGCGUGCGGUGAAGGUUUCUGCGGAGAGUGUUCGUCCAAAACUAAGUGCGUCCCGUCUAGAAAUUGGCAUACACCUGUACGAGUUUGUGAUACCUGUUACGACAAGAACGAGCCUACCGAGUCUUCGGAAGAUGUUAAUGCGAGAAAAGUAUCUGAACAAGUAAUCUCUACUCUCAGCGCAGUUGGUACCGUUUUGAACUACUCGAAAACAUUCAUUAAAGAUACAGUUCGGCCAUCUUACUGGAUCCCCGACUCGGAGAUUGUUAAUUGCCACAUAUGCAAGCAAAACUUUUCAGUAUCGCUUCCUCUACAUCAUUGCAGAAAUUGUGGACACGGUGUAUGUCAUAACUGCUCACUAAAUCGAAAGCCCGUACCGCACAGGGGAUGGGAUGAACCAGUUCGCGUGUGCGAUUCGUGCGUUAACGUCGCAUAAGAAACAUUUCGGACAAUCUUGAUAGAAAAGAUACUGAUUCUUUUGCCUAACACAUACUACAGAAUUGGAUACUUGGGCGAUUUAAAAAGUGUUUCCCAGUUUUUGUACAAAUUACUUAUAUUCAUAUUCAUAAUGUCUGUGUAACUUCUAUUCGAAAUAUUGAAAUUCUCUGUUACUGAUACGAACUAAAACUAUGAUUUAUUUGUGUAAAAAGCUUUUCCUGUGAAUAGUGCCAUCAGUGUAUCUACGUUUUCUGUGAACAGACGUUGCAGAGCGAUGACGGUAAAUGAACAUUGACAGAAGAACAGAAUGAAUACACAUACGAUUAAGAAAACAAUAGUUAAAAUUACGAUGUCAUAGUAAUAUAUAGUACAUGGUGCAGUAUAUCAUAGCGUUAUGUAUAAAAUAAUGUACAAAAUCUUAUCGGCGAAAGGAGUCGAUUUCUAAUCAGCAUCACAUUCUAUCGAGCUGUGAAUGUUUCUGAAUUCCAAAAAAGCAUUUGUUAUUUUAUGAUAGUACUCAAUGUCUGCUACAUUUUCUAAUCUAAGAAAUGAAACUUCAUCCAAGUAAGGAAUACUGUAAUAAGUAUGAAAAAAGAAUAAACGAUAAACUGUCGAGAUGUUUAAAUAAAA